GUUUUGUCAGAUGCUGGUAAUUGGUGAGUGAUCUUCCUGUCUUCAUCUCAACCCUUUAGCACUUCUUAUUACAUUUUCUUCCAAUUUGAAGGGAAGAGUGAGAAAGUGGUGAGAUGGAGUUCAGUUAGCCAUCAGUGUGAAACCACCACACCACGUCUACAGCUGUCCUUGACUUUUCACAUAGAAGAAAUCUGGAAUACUGUUCACCAAUUCCUCAAAAAUGUCUGCGUGAUGAAACAGCCACCACAGUGGCAUUGGUGUAUCUUGAAUAUUCAUAGUGCCUGUAAUCCACGUGUUGCAUUUGGGGAGACAGUAACAAGGGUUAUUAGGACCUUCAUGAUAAAGAUAGGAAUCAGGGGAUUUUGUGUGUGCAGAGGACCAGACAACAUACUUAUAGAGACACAGCCAUACACAGUUAUUGUUAUAUUGUGUAUUUGUCAUAUUUAGACACAUCAGUUCUUUCCCUCUUUCCAUCCACUCCACAUGCCAAGUCAGAAUGUCAGCUUAAGACCAUCAGUUUUACAGAAAAGCCCUCCAAAACAAAACAAAACAAAACAAAACAAACAAACAAAACAAAACAAAAGAUAGCAUCUAAGAGAAAAAAAAAAAAGUUCUGAGAAAGGGAUGAAUCAUUGAGAAACAAAUUGUUUUCUUUCUCUGUCUGUGUAUGCAUCUUAAGUAUACUUAAAUUUUCUGUGGGAGUUUAUCCUUGCGUGGUUCCUCUUUUCUUUAGAAGCGCUUACAGUUGCUAUCAUUUUCUUUUAGGUGUCAGAAGUAAAGAUAAUAAAUGAACAUUAGCAUCAUAUAAACUCUUGUUUUCUUAAAAUAUUGAGCCAAAUGAUUAUGAUUGCUAUUUUUCUCAAACAGAUACCACUCCCAGACCAAAGGAGUGGAUAAUUGUUAAAUAUAUUUAAUGGAACAAUAUUCCUCUAGUCUAAUGAAUCUUUCUGUGAGGAUUGGGGUAAAGGGGAUAAAAGGUAGAUGUUGAAAACUGAAAUGUCUUCAUGAAGUUUGCUACAUGAACUACUACUAAUGCAAAGAAUAUUUAAAUUUGUUUAAAUAAAAAAAAAUCAAGAUACUGAGAAACUGAAAUUAUGAAGGCAGUUUGUACUGUAUUGACGUGCUGUUAGUCUAUUGAAAAUGUUUUCACAUGCAUGACUAAACAGGAAGAGUACUCAUGUUUUUAAGAUUAGUCAUGUGAAACUUCUUUCUAUAAUCAUAUAUAUAUAUAAAUCUGUGUAAUAUCUAAGAAUAAAUGUUAUUUAGGAGGAAUUUUAUUUACUUUUAUUCACAGUCUUUUCAUGUUACUCCAUGUAUACCAGUUUAGAGUUGAGAGAUCUGCAAUGCAGCAUGCAAGUAUUUAAGGUGCUGGUGGAUUGCUUGGCAUCAUCAACUCCUGUUGACAUCUUCUCACCUUCAGGAAACUGAGAACUGUAAAAUGGGAUAUGUUCCCAGUAUAGUUGAACAAAUGCUCAUUUGGUGAGCAUCUCUGUAGGAUCUACACAAAUACGAAUGGUCUCCUGAAUGUGCUUACUUGUGGCUCUUGAACAGAAUUUAAGCAACAUUUGUGAUUGUGGAGAAUGAGUUUAAAAAAAGCAAUAAUGAGAUAAAACAGGACUCCUGAAUGGGGAGAGCAUGUUAGGUAAGCUGAUUACUUGAACUCUGUUCCUAAAUCUGAUUUAACCAUUUUCACUUGAUGAAAUAAAGCUGAUUUUUGCAGUGUUGGCUUUAUUUUGAUGAGGUUAAUAAUCUGGGAUACAAAAUGUUUCCAGUACCUGAUCUCAGAAUCCCAAGUGUUACCUCUUAAUCUCAGUUGCCAAAUUCCACAUGGAUUUUGCCCUUUCUAUGUGUGUCAGUGACUGUGUUUGUGCAUAUGACACAUACAUGGUACAAUCACUUGCAGAUUACUUGAGUGAGGGCAUACUCAAGACCAUUGUUCAAAAUGGUCUUUCAUUCUAACAUGAUGAAUUUAAAGACUUUUUUAUUUAAGUCAGACAAAGUUCUGAGGAGAUCUGAUUUACUAAUUUUGCAAAAAAUGGAUAAGGAUCUGGUAAGACUUUAAGCUGUGAGCCAAACCAGUGCUCUAGUUGUUUAUGUGGUUGCUGCUGUCUCUUUCAUCUCAGUAAGUCUCUUGCAAAUGAAUCCUAACCUGCUUUCUCAUUUAUCUCUGUGGAAACAAUGGUGAAGGCUGUGUCAUAGAAAUGUGCUAUCAAUGCACAGGUGUUUUGUCAUGUUAAAAAGACUGUACAUGUGGAGAUAGGAGGAGGAAAAGAAAAUCUUGCAAUCUAACUUUAGUCUCUACACUUGGUCAAAGUAAAAGGCUAGGUCUGUCUAGGUGACCUAUGACAUCUGAGAAAGGUUGGUUUCCUCUGGAAGGUUAUUCAGUAUGGGGAGUGUAGUCUCCUUGAUAUAAACCGUACAUUAAUAUCUAAACUCUGACCAUAUGGAGCACCUACAGUGUGUAAUCAGAAGGACUUGCUUAACUCACUGAGCAGUAACUUGGUGAAAACUUAUUAAGAAGAACCACAAGUUUUCAUUUGACCAGAAACACUUCCUAUGUAUAGACAUUAAAAUUUGAGAUGAGUGUUUGGGAAUCUGAUUAAAAUUAUAGGUACCGUAAAGAAUAGUGAAAUGAUAAAGUAAGUGCUAAAACGUUGAGGACAGGUCAUACCUAUAAACAGUCCUGAUCACUGUGGAAAAGAUGGAUGCACUCAAGCUAUAGUAAGUUGAAGCUAGAUGAGUUUAAAUGCAGGGCCAGACAUGAUUAAACAACAGUAAAGAGCGUCCAAUAAGGUGCUUUGGCGAAUUGGGCUAAAGAAAUCAGUUGGGUACAGUCAUAGAAUGGCCUGGGUUGAAAAGGACCAUAAUGAUCAUGUAGUUUCAACCCCCCUGCUAUGUGCAGGGUCGCCAGUCACUAGACCAGGCUGCCCAGAGCCACAUCCAGCCUGGCCCUGAAUGCCUCCUGGGGUGGGGCAUCCACAACCUCCUUGGGCAACCUGUUCCAGUGUGUCACCACCCUCUGUAUGAAAAAAUUUCCUCCUAAUAUCUAACCUAAACCUCCCCUGUCUUAGUUUAAAACUGUUCCCUUGUCAGUGAGGUAAUACUGGUAACAGCAAAGCGAUAUUACCUCAAUGCAUGUUAGUAAAGAGGAAUAUUUAAACGAUGUAAUCAGUUUUGAGUUCUGAAGUUAAAACAUUGAUGAUUCAUAGAAGAAGUUUUAAGAUAGGAGACAAAAGGAGCUUGCUGAGGAGCAGAUGAUUUGAACUAACCUGCAUGUAACUCAAGAAGAAAAAAUAUUCUUUAUAGAUUAAAAGGUAUUGUUAUAUUCAGGAGCUAGAAAUGGUGCUGAACAAGUUCAAGGAGAAAAAUUUUGUUUACCAGGUAGUAUUAUCUAAGAUACAAAAGGUUCAGCAAGUGAUGCUGAACAGUUCCACUUGCUGACUAUCGUCAGCCAAAUCUAGAAUGUUUUUGUAGCUGAAUGCUGUAGAGUACUAGUGAUGUGGUAGCUGAUCUACAGAAAGUUGAUCUCUGCACCUGAGAAUUUAGAGACUUAAGCAGAAAACAUGAGAAAACAGAAUUCACAGUUCAACAUAAAUGUAUGGGUCUGAGUUUAAAAUUUCUGGGAGAUGUAAGGUAUGCUGUGCAGCAGAUAAUGGCAAGUGUUAGAAAUAAGUUGAUAUGUUCUUUUAAAUCAAAGAAUUACAACUCAGAUUAGAAACCUGCAUGGAAAAAAUGUGCACCUUUUCAUUUUAGAAAACAUCUGACAGUGGCUGCUGAAAGAGGAGAGUGAUUAGAUGUGAAAGAAAAAUAGAAGCUUUCUGAACAGAGCACACAGUGUUAGAGCUCCUUCACUGAAUCUCCUUCACUGAAUACAAGCAUAGCUGUGUUGUAACAAGUGGAUCAUCACUUGCUUCCAUAAUCUCUUAAACUGGGAUCAUUAUACAUUUAGCAAAAGGGAAGUGUAUCUGACUUCCUUCUACAGCUUAAAAAUAUCUCAAUAAAAAGAGUCUCUCUUCACUACUGAGGAUUUUUUUUUUCUUUAAGUGUUAAAGCAACAAGUUCUGAAAAUUUCUGUUGGGGUUCAUUUCUUUUCUGUUUUCAUCACAGAACGUUUUCUACAGCAGCAGCAGAGAAGAAUUGUUCCUCUUUAGACAUUAACAGGAGUGUGCGCACUCUGCUUGACAGACAGGGUUGUCUGUGGUUUUCCUGUUGCAAGAUGAAGGUUGAAUUAGCUAUAAAAUAUCAGUGUCUCACUUCUUGCAUAUUUUAUAGAAAAAGUGGUAGGAUAUUAACUGAACCAUGUCACUGAGGAAAGUGACAGCUGUAACUAUUUUGUGGAAAGCCAUGUUCUGUUAGCCCAGGAAUGCUAUUUUGGUUCAGAUCCCUUGAGGGACUUUAAUGGGAAGCAGAACCCAGGUUUGAUUCUAAUAGCUUUUUGUUUGACGUUGUUUCUGAUCUGUUUAAGCCUGUCAAGGAUGAGAUAGUGGUAGGUAUGAACAGAAGUGGGGCUCUAGGACACAGGGAGCUGCAGCACCACUUACAAUGGCUUCUGUAGGGAUGAAGUUUCUGCAGAGGAGGUGUUUGCAUUGCUCAGUCACUCAAAAUUCCUCGGGAACCAAGACCGGGAGAAUUUGAAAAGAUCAUCAAACGCUUAUUAGAAACUCCAAAUGCUCGAGCGGUGAUCAUGUUUGCAAAUGAAGAUGACAUUAGGCGAAUACUGGAAGCAGCCAAAAAAGCUAAUCAGUCUGGACAUUUCCUAUGGAUUGGCUCAGAUAGCUGGGGGUCAAAAAUUUCACCAGUUCAGCAUCAGGAAGAAAUUGCAGAAGGAGCAGUAACCAUCCUGCCUAAAAGAACAUCUAUAGAUGGAUUCGAUAGAUAUUUUCGGAGCCGAACACUUGCUAACAAUCGAAGAAAUGUAUGGUUUGCAGAAUUUUGGGAGGAGAACUUUGGAUGCAAGUUAGGAUCUCAUGGAAAAAGAAACAGCAACAUCAAGAAAUGCACAGGCUUAGAAAGAAUUGCAAGAGAUUCAGCCUAUGAGCAAGAAGGAAAAGUUCAGUUUGUAAUUGAUGCAGUAUAUUCCAUGGCCUACGCACUACAUAACAUGCACAAAGAUCUCUGUCCUGGAUAUAUUGGUCUGUGUCCAAGGAUGAGCACAAUUGAUGGUAAAGAACUACUUACCUAUAUCCGAGCAGUAAACUUUAACGGGAGUGCUGGAACACCUGUUAUCUUCAAUGAAAAUGGAGAUGCUCCUGGACGUUAUGAUAUUUUUCAGUAUCAGAUCACCAACAAGAGUACAGAAUACAAAAUAAUUGGUCAUUGGACCAACCAACUUCAUCUAAAUGUAGAAGACAUGCAGUGGGCUAAUAGAGAGCACACUCAUCCGGCAUCUGUCUGCAGCCUACCCUGUAAAGCUGGGGAAAGAAAGAAAACCGUGAAGGGGGUGCCCUGCUGCUGGCACUGUGAACGCUGCGAAGGGUACCAUUACCAGGUGGAUGAAUUCAAUUGUGAACUGUGCCCCAUCAAUAAGAGACCGAACGCCAACCGUACCGAUUGCCAGCUUAUCCCCAUAAUCAAACUGGAGUGGCAUUCCCCAUGGGCCAUUGUGCCCGUCUUCAUAGCUAUCCUUGGUAUAAUUGCCACCACCUUUGUCAUCGUAACAUUUGUCCGCUACAACGAUACUCCAAUUGUCAGGGCCUCUGGACGGGAGCUCAGUUAUGUGCUCUUGACUGGGAUUUUUCUCUGUUAUUCCAUUACUUUUUUAAUGAUUGCCACUCCCGAUACAGUGAUCUGCUCAUUUCGGAGGAUCUUCCUGGGACUUGGCAUGUGUUUCAGCUAUGCUGCCUUGCUUACCAAAACAAAUAGAAUUCACAGAAUAUUUGAACAGGGUAAAAAAUCAGUCACAGCUCCCAAAUUUAUUAGUCCAGCUUCCCAGCUGGUGAUCACUUUCAGUCUCAUAUCCUUGCAGCUUAUUGGAGUCUUCAUCUGGUUUGCAAUUGAUCCACCACACACCAUAGUAGAUUAUGGAGAGCAGAGGACUCUUGAACCAGAAAAUGCCAGGGGUGUUCUCAAAUGUGACAUUUCAGAUCUGUCUCUCAUUUGUUCGCUUGGAUACAGUAUUCUCUUGAUGGUCACAUGUACUGUUUAUGCUAUUAAAACAAGAGGGGUUCCAGAGACCUUCAAUGAAGCAAAACCCAUUGGAUUUACUAUGUACACAACCUGCAUAAUUUGGUUAGCUUUUAUUCCAAUCUUUUUUGGUACGGCCCAAUCAGCAGAGAAGAUGUACAUCCAGACAACAACACUUACUGUCUCCAUGAGUUUAAGUGCUUCUGUGUCUCUGGGCAUGCUCUACAUGCCCAAGGUUUAUAUUAUCAUUUUUCAUCCAGAGCAGAAUGUUCAAAAACGGAAGAGGAGCUUCAAGGCUGUAGUGACAGCUGCCACAAUGCAAAGCAAACUGACCCAAAAAGGAAAUGACAGACCAAAUGGCGAGGUCAAAACUGAACUAUGUGAAAGUCUUGAAACCAACACCUCCUCUACGAAGACAACUUACGUCAGUUACAGCAAUCAGACAAACUGAGCAGGGAUGAAAUUAAAUGGAAGACCUCCAGGAUGAGAUCUUGCAAAGAAAGACUUUACCAUCACCAGAGUUCAGUCCUGGAAAUAUCAGUAGUCUACAUUCAAAUCAAUAGUCAGUCUCCUAAAGAACAAGGAUUAAACAAGAGGCAAAAGGCAAAAAGAGACAGGGGAAGGAAAAGUCCAGUUUUAUAUCAUACAUAGACAGUGUCAAAUCUCUGAACUGUUCAUUCACAAAAGGAAGUAAAUCACAAAAGGAAAACAAAUGUUAGCUUGUGAAAAAAAUGCUGUUGAAAUAAAUCAUGUCUGAUGUUAUAUUUGUAAGUACUUUUUUGUGAUUGUGACAAUUUCCUUUCCUGUCCUACAUUGUUCAACUCGUAAAAGAAGAAGAGUUUGUUUCUUGUGAUGGCUGACUGAAUUAAGUCCUGGGUUAUGCUACAAUAAAUGCAAUGGUCAACGCAUGCUAAUUUUUAUACAAAAUAAUUUAUUUCUAAUAAUAAAGGAAUGUUUUGCAAAUGUUGAGACUUGUUUUGUUGCAGUUUUAAAAAAAAAGAAGUCCUUACACUGUUGUCUAUUGUUUGUUUAGAAUGUGCAGUAAAGGUGGGUGUACAAAUAAAAUAAUAAUCAUGGCAUCAGAAGAAUGCAGUGUAAACUCUAAGCAUAUGUGUGUGUGUAUGUAUGUGUGCACGUGUGUGCGUGUAUGUACGUGCAUGCCUGCAUGCAUGUGUGUGUGUACUCUGCAGUGUGUGAAUUUAUUUGUUCAAAUUUUUUGUGACUAUUUUUUCUAAUUGAAGCAUUCCCCUCCCCCCCCUUCUGACCCUCAAAGUAAGUGCAUUUUAUAUGUUUGUAAAGUAAAUGAGUCUCAAUGGUGAUUAUUUUGUAUGAUUGUAUUAUAUUUUUGAAUCUCAAUUAAUAAUUCUGAUCCUCUUCAUUUAUGGAACUUACAGUUUGUAAGAAUAUAUGGCAGCUAGACUGGAUUAAUCUAAAAAAUUAUUCAGCCUAGUAUUCUGUCUUUGACAGGGAAUGUAGCAGAUGCUUAUCUCAAUAAAGAUGACUUUGAAAUUA